UUUUGAAUCUAUCUUCUGUUCGCCUAUCACAGGUAAUCCCAUGUUUUUUAUAUAAUCGUAGUUUAUGGGUUAGCAAGUGAGUGCAGGCAGCAACCAGUCCAUCCGUCUUGUGAAUGUGGAGAUCUCUCCGGACUCACAAUUAAAGGCUACAUAAUGUGUUCUACUACAAGUGAUGAAACCUGGCUCCCAGAAUAACAAGCAAGACGACUUUUAAAGUGACUGUUGUUGACCAGUGUCUUCUGUGCAUUUGUUUGGUAAGCUCGUGGCGAUGGAUCGUUCAGAAGGAUGGUCUAACUUAUUCUGAAUUAUUCUUGAGAAGGGCUGAGUCUUCCUGAAGGUGAUGCAGGUGGCUUAGCGUACAUGUCAACCAGGUGACCACAAAUGUCCCUCAAGUCUGUAUGACUCAACUAAGACUCCGUGACGUUGUCCUUCUGAUUGAAGACAGGGAGAAAAUGCUGAAAAUAGUGGCAACAGAUGUCUUUAAUUCCAAAAACCUGGCCGUUCAGGCGCAGAAGAAGAUCUUGGGUAAAAUGGUGUCCAAGUCCAUUGCCACAACCUUGAUAGAUGACACCAGCAGUGAGGUGCUGGACGAGCUCUACAGAGUGACCCGGGAGUAUACCCAGAACAAGAAGGAGGCGGAGAAGGUCAUCAAGAACCUCAUCAAGACAGUCAUCAAGCUGGCCAUUCUUUACAGGAAUAAUCAGUUCAAUCAAGAUGAGCUAGCCCUGAUGGAGAAAUUUAAGAAGAAAGUCCAUCAGCUUGCCAUGACAGUGGUCAGUUUCCAUCAGGUGGAUUACACCUUUGACCGGAACGUGUUGUCCAGGCUGUUGAAUGAAUGCAGAGAGAUGCUCCACCAGAUCAUUCAGCGUCACCUCACCGCCAAGUCACACGGACGGAUUAAUAACGUCUUCGAUCAUUUUUCAGAUUGUGAAUUCUUGGCUGCCUUGUACAAUCCCUUUGGAAAUUUUAAGCCCCAUUUACAAAAACUUUGCGAUGGUGUCAACAAAAUGUUGGAUGAAGAGAACAUAUGAGCAUGUGAAUUAAGGUUGUCACUGACCGUGAUUCAUUUGAAGAUGGAGCACUGUUGAUUUAUGAAGGAAAAAAAGAAGAAUUUUCUAAAGAUUACACGUUACUUCAGGAAGACUUUGCCCAGUGCAAUUGUCAGACCUUAUUGGUAGUGCUUGUAUGAGGCUUGUUUUAUUUGAAGAAAAGCAUAUUGCCAAAAAUUCUGGUUAAAAGCUUCCACAUGGGUCACAGAUCAUGGGAAAGAUGUGUGGUUGGGUAAUGCAAUUGUAUAGUUACACAAAGAAAAACACACAUGCUCCAGACCUUAAGAUAUUUUUUUAGGGCAGCUAUUGUGUUGGUAUUUCUAACAUGUACAAAAUCAUGUAUUUUGAUUUGCUUUUAUUCCUAUGUAUAUGUUACCUCUUUUGAAAAGCCAAGAACUUUCUCUUGCUAUCAUUACUCCUUUGAAACAAUUCCAUUUUCAAGUCUACCCUUGAUUCUUUUGUUAAAUGUUGUGUCAUUGACAUUCAAGAAUGAAGUCUAGCCCUUGAAGUGGCUCAUGCCUGUAAUCCUAGCCCUCUGGCAGGCCAAGGCAGGCAGAUUGCCUGAGCUCACGAGUUUGAGACCAGCCUGAGCCAGAGCGAGACCCCAUGUCUAAAAAUAGCCAGGCGUUGUGGCGGGCGCCUGUAGUCUCAGCUACUUAGGAGGCUAAGGCAAGAGAAUCACUUAAGCUCAAGAAUUUGAGCUUGCUGUGACCAUGACACUCUUCCAAUGGCGACAAAGUGAGACACUGUCUCAAAAAAAAAAAAAAAGAAUGAAGUCUAAGGCAGUCAAAUUUAACCCUCAGAAAAAUAGAAAACUGCUUAUCUGAAAUCAAUAUUGUGGAGAUAAGCUACAUUAGAUACUACAGAUAAUGUCCAUUGUAAGAAUAUGCUUCUGGAACUGAGUCCUGCUUUUAAGAACCCAUGGUGAUACUUAAUUUCCCCCAGAAUGUAUUGGCUUUGAAAUACUUGCUUAGGAUUUAACUUUUAUGUUAUCUUGAAAAUGUACUGAUGAGAUCUCUGGUUUUUUUUACAUCCACUUCACAUGUAAGAGGCAAAGAGAAAAUCUGGAUUGGUCUUGAUAUUGGGAUGCUAAGAAGUAAGUAGCAUUACAAAAGACAAAACCGUCUUCAUUUUAGAGAUGAACCCAUCAAAAUAAUAUAGAGGGAUGAAGAGCAAAACAGAAAAUAGGACAUUGUGAAGAACAUAAACAUAAAAAUGAAUGCAUUUCAAUGUUUAAGACUGAAUAAAUAAAGAGUGCCUUUUUUUAUUUAACUGAUAAGGUUUUUGUUAUUUUAUUAUUUGUUAUUUUGAUGAGUAAACCAAAGAAUAUUUGCAUCCCAAGCAGUUUCUGUGUUGUUUCUAUAUAAUUCUCUAUGUGUGAAUGAUAAAGUAGGCAUUUGCUUAUUUAAUAAAAAAAGAAAUGAAAACCUGCUGGCCAACUAUAUCAUCUGGGAAAUAACACGACCACCAGCACUAAAUGUUUGAAUUGCCACUGUAUUUAUGAUUUCGUGUACUCUCUUGUCUUAAAUUUGCAGAAUAUUGACAUUAAAAUAAUAGUUUUAUAAAAUGGGUGUCUUUUUAAGUUUUGGGAAAAAAACAAGAAUUGUGUUCUAAUUGAUUUUUUUGAUUCUCUGUGAUGGCUUUUUUACAGAAAUUAUGAGUGGUUAUGGUAAGUCGUUGACAGUGCUUAUGUUGUCAGAGUCAUCAGUAUACCCAGACACAUAACUGUAUUUAAUCUCUGCCACAACCUUCACUCCAUGCCACCAUCUUAAAUGAGGAAAGUAAGGCAAAAGAAAUUAAGAAAUUUUCCUGAUGUUACAUAGCUAACAUCACAUCCAGAAUGUCAAUAAAACUUUUUCAUUUAAAGAUGAUAUGGCUGAAGGCAAUUCUGGAAUCAUCAUAGGCUCAGAGUAGAGCAGGCAGAAUACUUCUGAAAUGGUUUUUCACAUAGUGACAUUUUAGACAGUAUUUUUAUUUUUAUUUUUUUUGAGACAGAGUCUCACUCUGUCGCCCCUGGUAGAGUGCUGUGGCAUCAUAGCUCACAGCAACCUCAAACUCUUGGGCUUGAGCAAAAUACUCUUGUCUCAGCCUUGGGAGUGGCUGGGACUAUAGGUGCCACCAGCAUGUCCAGCUAGUUUUUCUGUUUUUUUUUUUUUUUAAUAAAGAUGGGAUGUGACUCUUGCUCAAGCGGGUCUCAAACUCCAGACAGAGCUCAAGCAAUCCACUCACCUUGGCCUCCCAGAGUGUUGGGAUUACAGGCAUGAGCCACCACACCCAGCCUAUUUUAGACAAUAUUUAAAUCACUAUAGUUCUAAUGUAUUCUCUAAAGAUCUGGGUAUGAUUUUAUACAAAGGUAUAUUUCAAAGCUUCAACAUGGCACCUAACUGGGGGCAUCUUGUGCCUCAUAUUUCUGUUUUUGUUGGGAACAUUAAUAAUGCACUGACUGCUGAGGACAGCACGCCCCCUCCUCUACAGCAGUUUGGGGAGCACAAGACCCCCUGCGUGCACUCACCAAGACAGAAGCAACAGUUCACCACUGUGUUCCCCACAGCAGGCAUGGCAUCGGAAACGUCAGCAUUGCUUUCCAGGUUGGAGGCUCAAAAUAUUUGAGCAAGUAAGUUAAAAAUAGCCUUAUGUUUUUCGAAUUAUUAGACCUCAUAGCCAACUCAAAAUUAGUAUAAAAGGAGCUUUCUUAUGGAUUCCUGUUCCCCCCAAUGGCUUAAAAUAGCACUUUUUGUGGAGUGUACAUAUCAAGUCAAGUUGGAUUUUUACUGUGAAUUUUAAUUUAUCCUUGAGAUGCUUGAUGAAAGUAUGUAAGUUGUAAUUUAGCAUACCAACCUUGACACAUAGACAAUAAAUAAAAGAUGAACGUGUUUAUGUGAUGAAAUACAUGCACUAAAAUGUGCUAUGCAAUUGCUAGAAAAUUAAAAUAUUCCAAUAAAUGAACUUAAUUUGAAUGUUAGUAAAGAUUAUAAUACUUAAAAUUUUUAGCCAGUCUUGCAUUUCCACCCGUGCUUUAUAUUUUUUACCUAAGUUAGCUGAACUCUGCAGUAUUUGACUUGAUAUAAUAUAAUUACUGGGCAUAAAGCUUUUAUGUAAUUUUUUAAACUCAUAGCAAGCUGCAAGGACUCAGUGCUUCUGACAACAGAUGUAGCUUUAUCCUAGCUUGGAAAUAAUUUUUCUUUACUGGGAUUCAGAUAAAGACUUUAUAGAAACCCCCUAAUGAAAACAUUGAAGCACUAACUAGAAAAAUGAGUCAACUCUUUGUUUCCAAAAUGAUACAACAGGAAAAUCUUUCUUGCUUUGUAGUCUUAUGUGACCAUCAUCACUAAGUAUUGAAAAUUUGUUUUCUCUUUUACUAAGUGUCCCCACGAUCACUUACGUAUGUUCAGAGCCAGAAAGAUAGUUUUAUCUCAGGGAAAUUCCAGAAAUGGAAAGAUUUUUGUGUAAUAUUGAUUCAUUUCUGUCUAGCCUAAGACGGGUUUUUCACCUAGCAAUGAACUUCAGCCCCACAUUACAGGGACAAGCCAUUCCAAAACGUGCGGUCUGCUGAGCACUGAAAGAGGGUCCAGACAAGCCAGCCAGCAGUCACGGUCAGGAGAAAAACAUCUGUGCUUUAGAAAAUGCUUUUCAAGGAUAGAGAAUCAUGCUCUGUGUCCAUCAAAUUUCCAUGAUCUUUUUAAGAUUAGCCAGUCAACGGAUAAAGCCUCCUUACCUUUCUUCCUGGGUGGCUGAGGAAAUUCCCUGCCUUCCCUCCUAAUAGCUGCAUAAGUGUAUUUCUGCCUCAUUCAAAUAAAG